AUGCAGGGCCUGCUGCUCUGUGGGGGCUGGCUGCUGGCUGCUGGCUACCUGGCGGGUGCCAUGGGCAGCUGCCGGCACCGGUGCUGCCCGGGCAGAAACAACGCUUGCUGGGCCCCAGGCGCCCGCCGGGCUCACUGCUACUGUGACUCAUACUGUGAGAGGACGGGCGACUGCUGCGAGGACUACCAAGCCAUGUGCCGCCGCGCCGCCGUGGGCUGUGCAGUGGGGCCCUGGGGGCCGUGGAGCGGGUGCAGCUCCCCGUGCGGGGUUGGCAGCAAGGCCCGCAGCCGCCAGGUCACCGUUCCGCCCCGGCACGGAGGGGAGCCCUGUCCCGACCUCAAGCAGCGCCGCGGCUGCCUGGGGGAGCACCCGACCUGCGGGAUGGCCAAAGAGGUGGCCAAGAUACUACCUGACUCCUUCAGCCGGGACUUCAGGGAUCCCUGGCGAAGAGGUAGGCUGCUGCUGCCGGAGGAGCCAUCUGGCUCCCCCCUCCCCAGCUACUGCGGCUAUUUCCGCCUGACGCAGGUAGGGCCCCCCUGCCGCGGGCAGGCCUGGAGCCGCCGGCUGCACCAGGACAAGCAGGUGUGCGUCAAGUGCCGGGGGGACACGUCCCACCGCCGUCCCCAUUGCACCGGACACGGGCUGCAAGGAGCCAGGACGUUUUGGGUGGCUGUCUCCGUGGCGGGGUGCCAGGGCUCAUGGGUGCAGGAGGGGCUGCAGGAGGGUUGUGUCUGCUCCCAGCCGGCUCUCAUCUUCGUGUAGCAUCGCCCUGGGAAAGGCUUGCUGCUCGCCCUUGGAGCUGACUCCCCGUGUUUUCCAUUAAGUAUUUUGUUGAAGAAUGGGAAGAAAACCCUGCUUAUAAAGAUUAAAAAUAAGGAAAUUGCUAAAGUAUGGUGAUUAAUGGUGGAAGAACAUCACACUGAGGUUAAAUCUGGGUGAGAAGAUGAUGUGGCGGUGAUAUGGGAGGACAACGCAAUGAUGUCAUGCUCAGCUGUGACACAAGCUGCCAUUGGUGAGCAACACGAGGAUGGA